CUCAAUAACAAAUUCGAUUUCUUCUUUCCUGGCCAGAAUAUCGUCGAUUUGGGCUUUGCUCCAGGCACUUGGACCAAACUAGCAAUUCAAAAGACUAAAUAUUUCAAUCCAAGCACUGACACCUUUGAAAGUAUAAACAAUGCUAAAAUUCUAGGCGUCGAUAUCCUACCAAGUCAACCUCCAAAUGGUGCAUCUGCUAUCCAAGGCAAUAUCUUCUCAAAACACCUUCAUUUGUCAAUUAAAAACUUCUUUUUAUACAAAUCAAUUCAAAAAAUAAUCAAUCAAGAAUCAAUUCAUGAAUCCAAUCAAAAGUAUAAUAAAAAUCUUCAUGAAAAAACUCAACAACUGAAUCAAGAAACAAUUCAGGAAACAGUUCAGGAAAAACCACAAUUUCCAGUUGACCUCAUCCUCAGCGAUUUAAAUUCUCCAUGGGAUCAAGACACUUAUAAAUAUUGGAGCACAACAGUAACUGAUCCAAGCCUGAACCUCAGAACGUUUCCUCCCCUACUAAUCGACAACAUUUACAAAACUGUUGACCUAUUCGAUGCUGCUUUGCUUCUUGCCAUAGACAUCUUGAAACAAAAUGGCUCCUUCGUUGCUAGACUCUGCUCUUCCAACGAAGACCAACUAAUCAAUUCAAGAUUGAAAAAAGUAUUUGAAGAAGUUCAUUACAUCAAAAUCUCAAAAGAUGUAAUAUUUGUUUGUAAAAAAAAAAAAGAUGGCCCAAUCAGUAAAUUACACGUCUUUACU